GCGGCCGCUACAGUGCUUGUACAGCUCACUUACAAGAACUCUGAAAAGUUUUCUUUCCGUGCGCUGGAUCUACAAUGCCUGCCUCAGGCUCUUUUUCUGCCCCUCCGCAAACCCUCACUUUUGAUGGCCUGCUUUCGGACUUUGAUGGCACCAUUGUCGACUCGACAGAUGCCAUCAUCAAGCACUGGCACAAAAUCGGAGCUGAGCUAGGCGUGGACCCCGCGACAAUUCUCGCUACCUCUCAUGGCCGCCGAAGCAUUGACACCUUGCAAUUGUAUGACCCGAAGAAACCCAACUGGGAGUACGUUAGUUAUGUCGAAGGUCUCAUUCCUAAAGAAUACGGCUCCGAUGCCGUCGAGAUCCCCGGUGCGCGGAACCUCCUCUCCGCUUUGGAAGAAUCCCGCGCCCCAUGGGGCGUUGUCACUUCCGGCACACGCGCGCUGAUCGACGGCUGGCUGGGUGUUCUGAAGCUCACACAUCCGAAGGUUCUUGUCACUGCCGAGGACGUUGAGCUGGGUAAGCCUGACCCCAGGUGUUACUUGCUCGGCCGGAAGAAGUUGAAUCUGGAGAACUCCUCAUCAUUGGUUGUGCUCGAGGACGCGCCAUCCGGGAUCAAGGCUGGCAAGGCUGCCGGUUUCACGGUCAUUGCUCUGACCACCACUCACAAAUUGGAACAACUCCAGGAGGCUGGCGCGGACGUGAUCGUGGAGGACUUGAGGAGCAUCAGUGUGAAGAACGUCGAAGGGCGGGUCCAGCUGGAGAUUCGGAAUGCCUUCCAAUAAAGGGAUGUUCUAUAGGAAACACCUGGACAGCCGCAAAUAGUCGGUGAGGUUCUGUUGGCCUGCCGGACUUUUGACGACCCAUACGAUCCGUGAGGUAGAAGUUAGACUGAUAGACAGCGUUAUUGUACAUAGAAUCCCCGGAGCCUAGAUUUUCCUCAUGACGUGUGCAAAUAGAAUAUGCCGAAGCCUUGCAUUUGAUGUAAGGCUUUCUUCAGCUGGCGCUCCCCAGCCGGGCUCGUACCGAAGGACGGGGGAUAGCGGAACGGUCAACGCGGAUCGCAGAGUACUUUUGGCUACUUCCCAGAUAGGAUUAUGGGAAGACCAGGUGGCUAUAGGCAAGGCCAAAUAGACCCGAAGGAGAGCACGAGAGUCACUGCAGAGCGAGUAGUGGAUUCGAGUGAACUCACAUUGCAAAGGAGUGACCUCUCCUCUCAACACUUCAAGGGCAUAAGCUGGAGUAUUGCUAGCGG